AUGGCCCGGCACGGUCCUACCGUUGCGAUGUUGCUGAUGAUACUUGGCGCGCUGUUGCUAGCUGCACAGCCAUCCUGUGCGAUCAGAGAGUGGCGCGACGGCGGAGGGUUCCAGCCUCGUGAAGCUCCCACGACUGGCGGCGGCAGUGGCGGCAGCGGGUCCAUAUACAUCGUCCGCCUGAGCUCCGCGCCACCGCUCGUCGAAUACCGCGGAGGAAUCGCCGGCUACCCCGCCACUGCUACGUGGGAUGACGGCAGCAAUGAGAAUGAAGAGGACGACGAAGAAGCUGUACCGGAGAUGGAUCUUGCAGCGUCUUCGAGGGCGGCAAAGCACGAAGCCGUGGACUUGGAUGACACAACGUCUCGUAGCACUGAUAGCGGCGUUGAUCAUCCCUGGAGUUCCGCCUUCUCAGGGCCCAACGCAACUGACGGCACGGCGGCGUCAGGUGACGUUGGAAACGGCUGGCGCGCGCGGCACCGAAUGCGGCUGAGCAUGGACCGGCCGCAGGUGGCGGCGUUCGCGUCGCUGCUCCAGCGGCAGCAGGCGCAGGUCGCAUCUGAGGCGGGCGUACUCGACGCGGAUCUGAUCUACAGCUACAAGCACACAUCCAACGGCUUCGCGGCGCGGCUCACACCGCUCCAGGUGUGGCGGCUGCAACGCCAUCCUGACGUCGCGUCCGUGCGCCCGAGCCGCGUGUUCCGCCGCCAGACCACCGAUUCGCCCAAAUUCCUCGGGCUCCCUGGGAAGGUGUGGCCGGCGCUUGGGGGGCAGAGUAAGGCAGGCGAAGGCACGGUUGUGGGGAUCAUAGAUUCAGGCAUCUGGCCCGAACACGCCUCUUUCAGCGAUAAAGGGAUGCGCUCGAAACUCCCGGCCGGGUGGAAGGGUAAAUGCGAGCAGUCCAGCUCGUUCCGGUGCAACAACAAGGUGAUUGGCGCUAAGGCGUUCUACGCGGGGUUUCAGCAGUUGAGCGGCAAACCCUCGCUGAAAAACGACUGGCUCUCGCCACGCGACGGGGACGGUCACGGCACGUGGUGCGCGGGCGCGGCGGCGGGGAACCCUGUGAGCAUGCAGGGCGGCGGGCAGAUGAGCGGCAUGGCGCCUGCAGCGCGCCUCGCGGUGUAUAAAAUCUUCUGGACGGACAGCGAGGGGGGCCAUUACGGCACGGAGACAGACAUCGCCGCAGCCGUUAAUCAGGCCGUGGCGGAUGGCGUGGAUGUGCUCUCCCUCUCGCUGGGGGCCGCGGAUCCCAACGACAACUAUUUCAACGACCUCACAUACCUGAGAGCCAAUGCUGCGGGCGUGUUUGUGGCCUUUGCUGCGGGCAAUGCAGGACCCCCCGGUCAGUCGGGAGGGGGCGGUUACCGCACGGUGGACAAUUUCUCUCCUUUCUUCCUCAGCGUUGGCGCCAGAACCCCCUUCUCUCCCAUUCCGCCCUCCUCUCGUCCCAUCAUCUCCUGCAGCACCAUCGCAAAGGGAGCGUCCCUAGCUUCGACCGCUGCCACUCAAUCCCUAAACCCUCUCAACGCCAUCGCCAGCAGCAACGGCAGCAACAGCGCAGGCGACAGCAGCGCCACACUCACUGCCGACGGGGGAAUCACCUUCACCGCUGCCUCCUCUGCUCCAAUGGUUGCUGACUUCUCCUCUCGUGGGCCCCUCUUACCGCCCUCUGCCACAGCCCGGCCCCCGCAGCCAGCAAACAGCAUUCUCAAGCCUGAUAUCAUUGGGCCUGGCGUUGACCUUCUAGCCGCUUUUCCCUCAAAGAAAAUCGGUGAGCCGGGCACGACCGCCCGCCUCUCGGGUACUUCCAUGUCUACCCCGCAUUUGGCGGGGCUAGCCGCGUUAAUCAUCCAGAAGUACCCCAACUGGACCCCAGCUCAGGUCAUGUCAGCGCUGAUGACGACGGCACGGGUGACUGACACGAGCAACAACCCGAUCAAGAGUGCAGGGUCGGGUGAAAGAGACGCGACCCCGUGGGAGAUGGGCGCAGGGCAUGUGUUCCCGCCUGCAAUGCUCGACCCUGGUCUCACAUACGACGUUCGAGAGAAAGACUACCAGAAUUUCCUGGCCGGGCAGGAUGCGAACCGGGCGAAGAAGGAGUUCCCAGGGGCGUCUCUCACCCCUCUCGCUGUGCGAAAUCUGAACCUUCCCACCAUCACUCUGCCUCGCCUGCAGGGCUCUGUUCAAGUCACCCGGACAGUGACGUGCGUUGGCAGCUGUGUGUCCACAUACAGUGUAUCUGGGAAGGCACCCCAGGGCGUGAAGGUGGCUGUAGCGCCUAGGAGUUUCACGCUUGCUCCGGGACAGAAGGCGAAUUACACGCUCACAGUCACGGUGGACAAACCGAGCAAUGACUUCAAGUACGGGUUUAUUGUGUGGAAGGACGACAAGGGGCACAGCGUGCGCUCUCCUCUCGUGGUGCAGCCGAUCUCGCGCUAA